AUGGUGCAUCGUAGAUCCAAGUCGCCACCACUGCAACAGCAGCAGCAGCGGAAGCACAGGCAUCCCCCAGCAUCUGCAGCGAGCCCUCCUUCUCGUAGAUUUAGACGCCCUGCUGCGUGCGGCUUGGCAUACCUACAGGGCCUGCAGGUCCGCCCAGGAGUACGUACACAGGCGCGAGCCUUCCCUCACGUGUCUGCUGCCACUGGUGCUGCGUCGGAUGCUGCUGGGGGGACAGUGGUAAGGGCCGAAGGAAGGAUUUCUCCUUCAGGCCCGGGAGGUCCUGCAUGCGGCGAGGAUGGGGUUGCACGCGAGGCUGCGCCUUUGAGCCCUGGCAGCGGAGCAGAGCAGCAGCAACAACCAGGAGGCAAUAAGACCGAUCCCCCUCUGCCGCGGGCAACGAGGAAUCGGGGAGUUAGGGAUCCCCAGCCAGUACAAACCAAAGGUGCCCCUCCAAAUGACCCCGUGCCGCCGCAGCCCAAGGGGGCUCUCCCACGGGGUCCCCGACCCGUACACUCAAGAGGACCCCACCCAAGAGAGUCCACGCCUGGACACCCUUUGCGGACGCCAGCGCCUUUGCCUCUUGCCGGGCCCUCUGGUAACGUUGCCAGAGGGGGGAGGAAGCCGCAACACCAGCGCAGCAACGUAAGCCGGGCAGCUCAGCAGCAGCAAACGAGGCUAGAGAAUCUGCAGCAAACACAGCAGUCUGCGGCUGUGCGGAGCGGACCGGGAACCGUGCAGCAGCAACGUGAUCCACAGCAGAGGCAGCAGCAACAGCAUCAGAGAGGACUGCCACUUCACCAACGACCUCCCCAGCAGCAGCACCAGCAGCAACCGCAGCAGCAGUGGCUGCAGCAGCAACGACGGCAGCAGCCGCAGAUGCCCCUGCAGCUAAAGCCGCAUCCUUAUCAGCAACAGCGCCAGAAGCAGCAGCCGCAGCAACAGCAACAGCACCAGCAGCAAGAAGACUCGGUGGCGAGCGGUGGCCUUCCUGGCGAGGUCACAGAUCUUGUGUGUUGGUUGCGGGAGACAAAACAUCCCUUAGAAGGCCGGAUUGUGGCCAAAAGCAGCACAUCCGUGGCGGUGCAGCUGCUGCUGCCGGCUGCAGCGCAGCAUCUUCUACCUGCACGAACGUCGAUUGCUCGACAAAUGUUUAUAGGGGGAGACAUGUGGGACCAAAAAGGACUAGGGGAUUCCCAAACCACUGGAGGAGACCCCGAGGCCCAUUGGAACAGUUUGCAGCCAGGGGACUCCAUUAGAGUCGUUGUCUUAGGCGUGCAGCAGCAGCCACAGCAGCACCAGCAGCUACUGCAGCGGCAACAGCAUCAGGGCUUUGGAAGUGCCAGUAAAAGGGUGGACGCAAAUCACUUUGAACUUGUUGUACAGCCGAUCCUAAAUGAGGCUACUACCUCGUCAGGUGCCUCCGCAGGCGCCCUUUUAGGUGCCAGUGUAGGCUCCCUUUCAGGUGUCUCCUCAGGCGUCAAUCAUCUCUGUUCCUUUUUUGCAGAUUUGUUGAAGAAAGAGGAGCUACACAUGACGGAAGACGAAAUCCUUGAUCGUUUAUUGCAUCAGGACGUGCCUUCUUGGGUUCACUUCCUGUCUCCUCCCUCUGCGACAUGGGUGGUCCCUGCCUUCCCCCAGGGUCUAGGGGGCCCACUGGGGGCCCCUCUGAAGGCCCCUAUGGGAGGUUCUUUGUCUGCGGGGCUCAUCCCUCGGCGGCCCCAUGGUUCUGGCUCUGAGCUAAAAGCCCCGCCAAGCUUGCGCGCUCUUCGCUGCCGCGUCGUGGGGGUCGUUCCCAGCAAAGAAGCUGCCGUUCUCGAGAUUCUUGCAGCAGAUGACGAGUGGCAUGAGGCUGUGGGCAGCUUGAAGGGGGCCGGCGCUGUGGCAGGAGCCCAUAAGAUAUCUCCAGAGGCUUCGCAUACACCUGCAGACACCUCAAGGCAGAGCGAAUCCUCGAGAGAGACGAGUGCUGCUGGAGACAGCUCCUGCGGCACCCCGAGGCCCCCAAGUGACACUACUUCUAGGAGAGAGGUAUUCGUGUACCAGCAAGCUGAGAGGGCCCUCAGGCUAGAGCAGCAAACCUCUCGAGACAAAAUCCUCCAGGAGGAGCUAUUGGCGCAGCAGGAAAUGCUGCUGCGAAAGAUGAACCCACAGGCGCAUGCACAGCAGCUCAUGGCACUUGAGCGACUGCUGUUGCAGCACCCCCACCUGCAUACAUAUCACGAGCAGCUAUACAGCUACUUGCACGCCCCUCAACGGGACGCCAUCGGGGGUUGGGUGCUGCUGCCCGUCAAAGAACUCCUCACGUAUAAACGAACUCGCAAGAACUGGGGGAUAAGAGAUCAGCUGCGCGUUUACUUCUCUGUCUUUGAAGAAUGCGAGGAUCGCCGGAGGAGGGCCCCUGGGCGGUCUGUGGGUGCAGCGGGGGGCGGCGAUGAGGGUUUGGAGUUUAGCAGCAAAUUCUCACUUGUCUGGACAUCCAUCUUCCCUGCCAUUCCCCUUGAAGUUGCUCAUUUGCUGCUCCAUGAUAUGCCUGCGGGGCCUCUCGCGCCUCACCUCAAGAUGUUUGAGCAGCGGCAGCUCGUGCACCAGCAGGAGGAGCACUACCAGCUGAUGCAGCACACCCUAAGACACAACGAAGAACUCGCCAGAGAACGGGCCCUGCGUGACAGGCAGAAGCAGCAACAGCAGCAACAGGGAGAAACGAAAACAGGGGCGGAGGGAGCAGCCGAAGACAACCAGUUGAAGCAGCAACAAAGCCACGCCAAUCCUCUGGCUCCCCUAGAUCGUAGCAGAAGCAGCAGCAGCAUCAGCAUGAACAUUGGUGGCAGCAAGGACAGCAGAAGGGUCCCCAAACUGGGCAGCUUACCGCCGCAGCGGCGACUGCAGGCGCUGCAGCAGAUGCUGCAGCGCAUCCCUGUGAAGCCGUUGUGGUGGGGCCGAGGCGACUGGGUGUAUCGGGAGGUUCGAUUGUGCCAGAUGUUGGGGCCUUUUUUCUAUCGCCAACUACUGCGAAUAAGAGCAGUAGAGUACCGAAAGAGUUCGGUAGAAUACGAGCGCCGGGAAAUAUUUGACAUACGCGGAGAACCUUACGAAGACCUCACGAAUUGGUUGUCUACGCCGGAAGGCCGCCAACGGCUAAAGGUUCCCUUUGUGCGGCGCUAUGUAAAUGCCCUGCGCUGGAUGUUGCAGUUACUGCGUCCUGAAGCCUUCUGCAAGGCGUUUAAGUAUUUUGCAUCAAAGAACGUGGCCGAGUCUGACGAAGCCCUCACCAAGCGUAUUGAGGAAUCAGACCUGCCAGAGCAGGCGAAGGGUCUUCUCUACAGUUUCCUCCCUCUACGUCGAAGAAUUCUCAGCACAAUAGCCAAACGAACAAGUACACCUGAGGUGCAGUUCCAAAUCGAGCAUGGAGGUAGAAAGCCAACAGAACAGGAACUUGCAGAGGCUGCUGCAUCCCAUGCACCGUCAGUUGUGUCCCCACUAAUGCAGCUGCUCCGGCUGCACAGCUACCUCAGAUUUCAACUGCGUCCACAACAACGUGCGCCCUCGCUAGAAGAGUGGCAACGGUACCAACAGCAGCGCACUGCCCAGCGAAAGGCCGCCCAUAAACCCAAUUCUUCUCUCCCGAGCGCAACAGACGAAGACCCCAUGGACGCUGCACCAGAGGUGCAGCUGCAGAUGGGAGGAGAAGACGAAUAUGAGGGCGUGAACAGACUGACAGACGAAGUCGAGCAGCAGAUGAUCGAUUUCUCCGAAGAUGACGCAGUUUCUGCGGAAGCGGCAGGCGCGCCUGAAUCAAGCUCUGGCGGUGGUCUUACACCUCAGCUUAACAGCGCAUAUCCCUCGGGAGCCAUUCGAAAACCCCGUAGCUUCUAUAAUUACUUUGGAGAUGAUUGUAUUUCCCUGCUGGAAACCGAUCCUGAUGAGGUCCUCUCCAGGUUUGCCGGGGGCAGCUCUUCCUCAAGUGACCACGAGGUCUUCGUUCCCCUACAGAUAGACAGCGAAUCCGCUGCACCCUCCGCUACCUCUUUUUUAAACUUUAAACCCUAG